AUGACCAACUCCAGCCACCAGUACGACACCAUCCAACGCCCCUACGACUACAUCCGCACCUCCUCCAUCGCUUUGAUUGAGCGCUCAAAUGUACACAGCGCACUCACACCAUACAUCCACAAUGCACGAAUCCUCGAGCUCGCCUGCGGCAGCGGUUUCUACACCCACGCCUUCCAAACCUGGGGCGCGCAAUCCGUUCUCGGGGUGGACAUCAGCACCGUGAUGAUUUCAUCCGCGCCGCGUCUCGCAAACAUUUCUUACAUGCAAGGCGAUUGUUCUAUUCCGACGCCAUACUUUCGCGACGAGGACGAAGCCUUCGAUAUCGUGUUUGCGGCGUGGCUUUUGAAUUAUGCGGGGGAUCGACGGGGACUGGUGGAUAUGUUUCGCAAUAUCGCGAUGAAUUUGAAAGAAGGGGGGAGAUUUGUAGGGGUGACUGUACCGCCGACUUCUGAUCCGCGGGGGUCUGUGAGUGCGGAGGCGAGCGCGAGACCGAUGAGUAGGGGUGGGAGUGGAUAUUUGGUGUAUGAACAUAUUCGGGAUGUGGAGGAGGGGAUUUAUUUUCGCGUGCGUGGGGAUACGCCGGUGGGGGAGUUAGAGUUUGAGUGUUAUCAUUUGAGGAGGGAGGUGUAUGAGGAGUGCGCGCGCGAGGCAGGGUUGAAGGGGAAGUUGGAGUGGGGGGUUACGGAGGUGCCGGAGAGGUGGUUGAGAGGGGAGGGAGAGGGAGGAGCGAGUUUGCAGGAGUUGGAGAGUUAUAGGGAGAUUCCCAAUUAUGGGAUUUUGGUUAUUGAGAAGUAG